AAUUGAGGUUGGCUCGUGUAUGAGCUAUUACAACUUCUCUUGUCUCUAUGAUGUCAUGUAAUGGUUUUAGCCUUUUUCCUCUUAUACAUCACAUUGAUCUAUUAGUAACGUAUCUCUCCCUUCUUCACAAAAAUAUUUACAUGACAAGGCACACACACAAGCAUCAAACUGAGUUAUGGACCCAUGUUCUUGGUCUAAAUGGGCCAGGCCGAUUAUAUAAGUUUCAAGAGCGAUCACAGCGAAGAAAAGGUCAUCCCAUUAAUGGCGGGGAUGCGGCGGCUAAGGUGGUGGUGAGUCUGGUGACACCAUCUCGUAUGAGAAUCGGUGUGAUGUUUUCUUCCCUUGUUCCUCUGCAACUUCCAUCUCGGAUGCAAACUCAUCUCUGGUACAUAUUACCAAAUGAAGUGAAGAGCGAAUCUCUUCUAAAACACGGAAAGCCUGAAGUAGAUUGGGAGGUUGAUACUACUACUAAUUAUCCUAAACUGAAGCUCAACAUCUCACACACGGAUUCAUUGAUAGCCUGUGGAGUAACAGUAAACGUUCCGGUUGGUAUUGACGUUGAAGACAAGACAAGGAAGCUGAGACACAAUGUGAUAUCACUUGCAAAGAGGUUUUACUCGUCUCAAGAAGUCAAGUUUCUGUCAAGUAUAGCAGACAUGGAAGCUGAGAGUAAGGAGUUUAUAAAGCUAUGGACUCUCAAAGAAGCUUAUGUGAAAGCAUUAGGGAAAGGCUUCUCUGCUUCACCUUUUAAUACUUUCUCAAUCAUCCGGUCUGAGGCUGGAAGCUAUAGUCUAAACAGCGAGGCAGAGGAGAGAGUUGGAGAAUGGAAGUUUCACAACAAAUUAUUUACAAAGACGAAUACAGAAUCCAACUUUUCACACUUUUGAUCUUCUGAAAAAAAAAAACUAUGAAACCAACAAUGGUUUUGAUCUAAAAGAUUUCACUAACCACUUUGUAUCAAAGCCCACAAAAGAAAAAAACAUCAAUCAAUCAUACUUCUCUCUCCAAUUAUAAACAA